AUGAUUAACUCUGGCCACGCUCAGCUAUUCACCGAUAGGCGAGCAUCGGCAAUGCCCUUACUCCCAGACAACAAGACACCCCUCCUGACAGUCUAUACCGGGGUCCCGCCCCUGGACUCGUAUCUCGCCAACCUGCAGUUCAGCAUUAUCCCUACAGUCGAUGGCUCGUCCCAGUCUUUGUCCCUCUUAGGGUGGCACUGGAUGGGGCUUCUCAUAGCCGUCUUCACUGUCAUGCUAGUCGAAAGCUUACGAACGCGACGCGCAAGGGAUCUCAUUCCUUUCGCACUCUGGGGCCUUGCCAUACAGUAUGCCGGGUACUUCAUCAUCAUGCCCAUAUACUGUUACGUGUCCCUGCUCUCCCAGCCACCUAGGAGUCACUCAAGGCUACCGACCAUGGCUGCCAUUAAAGCUGUCCCGGCAUCAGUGCUGAUCGGACUUUUGAUCCCGUCGGCGAUUAUGUGUCUGCCAAGCUACCAUCUCUCUGGUCAGUCACGACAGGUCGCUGUAGCUGUCUGGCAGAACUUCCCAGCGUGGAUGGCCUUAGUCCAGGUGGUUGCCAUGUCUUGGGGGGGAGCCAUCCCGGCACGAAAGUUGGAAGAAUGCACUGCCGAGGAUAGCGAACCCAGCCGUAAUACCUCAGCUCUUCGAAGACUGUACAAAUCUACCGCCGUAGUCUCGGCUUUGAUCCAUGUCUUGGGUCUCAUACCUAUUGUCUCCGCUGCCAUUGGCAAGCUGGAGCCUACACAAGAUUCGCCACAGGCGCAGCUGCGACCUGCCGAGUUCUUCCUGCCGCAGAGGUGGGAUAGUGAGACCCAGAUUAGUGGGAUGACAGAAGGCGCAUUCAACUUUCUCCGAUAUGACUAUUACAUCGGCACUGCCGCGGCAUUAGCUUGGGUAACAUUUCUUCAGCCCACGAUGCGGGUAAAGGGGGACACUUGGUCGAUUGGUAGAGAAGUGUCUUGGAAUAUCGCUCUCACAUGCUUGUUUGGGCCUGGCCUCACUAUCGUAAGCCUGAUGGAACGGAGACUUCAAUGA